GAACUCGAUUCACAAACAAAGGGGUGGAUUGUAUUUUUCGGUCAGCCGUCAGAAGAUCUCCACAAAUCGCUGAUUAUUUUAGAUAUUCCAGAUAUUCAUUUAAAAUUUCUGAAGAAAACCAACGCCUGCAUAAAAAUGACUAGCGCCCCGCUUUUUAUCAUCUAAACAUCCUCCGGUGGAGUGCUAUCUGGUGUGGAUGAGACAUGACCGUGUGAUCGACAAAUUUUGAAACCCAGGAUAGCCAUAAUUGCCCGAAGGCGCAGUCAGAAUGGCUUUCUUUGCAGAAUGGCUAGACAUCGGAUGAGUCUGUUUGUGGGGGCCGUCCUUGUGUCGUGUGCCCUGCUCUACUAUACCCUUUACAUCCGUGAUGAGGCCGACCCCAACAACUUGCUGGGUUUCAACCAUCGUGAGGCGCGGCUUGCUGAGCGGGUUCGCGAGAUGGAAGAACAGAAUCAGCUCCUGCGACGGCAAUUGAGCUUCUCGCAAAGCCAGUUGAUCAAUGCUAUGUCAGAGACUAGACGGAAUGACUCGGCUGCUGUCGCAGAAAAUACCAUCACUUCAUAUGGAAGUAAUGCUGAAGAGAGAAACCCGAAGUGUCCUAAUAAGGAGCCUGAGGUGCCUAAAUGUGAAGUAAUUCAUGUUGCUAUUGUGUGCGCUGGCUAUAACUCAAGUCGCUCCGUUGUAACACUUAUUAAAUCAAUCUUAUUCUAUCGACGUAACCCUCUGCAUUUCCAUCUCAUUUCCGACUCAACUGCACAGGUCAUCUUGCAGACUCUCUUUAACACAUGGAGCGUUCCUCAAGCGGACGUCAGUUUUUACUUGGCUGAUAAUGUCGUGGGAGAUGUCUCUUGGAUUCCCAAUAAGCACUAUUCCGGUGUUUAUGGUCUUUUGAAACUUACACUGCCAAAGAUCUUGCCCGAAUCUCUAAAGAAGGUAAUUGUUCUCGAUACGGACGUCACCUUUGCCACAGAUAUUGCUGAGUUAUGGAGGAUUUUUCGGAAACUCGGACCUAAACAGGCCAUUGGUCUGGUUGAAAAUCAAAGUGACUGGUACCUCGGCAAGCUGUGGAAAAAGCAUCGUCCAUGGCCAGCACUUGGUCGUGGCUUCAACACCGGUGUCAUUUUGCUCCACCUUGCCAAGCUACGACAAAUCGGCUGGGGCCAUUUAUGGCGGCUGAUUGCCGAGCGUGACCUGAUGACCCUAUUAUCCACAAGCCUGGCUGACCAGGACAUCUUCAACGCCAUCAUCAAGCAGCACCCGUAUUUGGUCUACACGCUGCCUUGCCAGUGGAACGUGCAGCUCAGUGACAAUACACGUUCUGAACUUUGCUACACCGAAGUCACUGACCUCAAGGUGAUCCACUUCAACUCACCCAAGAAGCUCAAAGUCAAGAACAAGCACGUCGAGUUCUUUAGGAACCUGUACUUAACUUUUCUGGAGUAUGACGGGAACUUGCUGCGCAGGGAGUUGUUUGGAUGCAACAACACCAAGACCACCCUCAAGGAAAAGGAGCUUAGCGAGUUAAACGAAGAGGAUCCUUGUUACGAGUUUCGGCGAGCAAGGAUCACAAGCUACCGCACUCACCUAUACUUUUUGGACUUUGAAUAUGAACCUUCAGUUGAUGGCUUCGAUGUCACCCUCGUUGCUCAGCUCUCUAUGGACCGUUUGCAGAUGGUGGAAGCCCUUAGCAAGCAAUGGGAAGGACCAAUCAGCUUAACUCUGUAUAUGUCUGAUGCUGAAGCGCAACAGUUCCUAAGCUACGCUCUUAGUUCAGAAGUACUCAGCGCUCGCAAAAAUAUUGGCUAUCAUGUCGUCUAUAAAGAAGGGAAUUUCUACCCUGUGAACUUUUUACGCAACGUCGGUCUGCAGCAAGUAAAUACGCCCUACGUGUUCCUAACAGACAUCGAUUUCUUGCCAAUGUUUGGUCUUUACACAUACCUGAAGAAGUCCAUUCAGGUGCUCAGCCUGGAUUCAAAUAAAAAGGCUCUUGUUGUGCCAGCCUUUGAAACCCAAAGAUACCGGAUCAACUUUCCUAAAAGUAAAGCCGAGUUGCUGAGCAUGCUGGACAUGGGCACUCUGUUUACCUUCCGGUACCAUGUUUGGACAAAAGGGCACAAGCCAACCAACUACGCCAAGUGGAAGAUCGCCACCACACCUUACAAGAUCCAAUGGGAGCCGGACUUUGAGCCGUACGUGGUUGUACGCAAGGAUAUCCCAGAAUACGACACGCGCUUUGUAGGUUUUGGGUGGAAUAAGGUGUCGCACAUUAUGCAGCUUGAGGCUGAAGACUACGAGUUUGUGGUGCUGCCUAACGCGUUCAUUGUGCACAUGCCUCACGCCCCGAGCUUUGACAUCGCCAAGUUCCGCAGUUCGGCGCAGUACCGUAAGUGCUUAAAGAUAUUAAAGAAUGAGUUCGUAAAAGACCUCAACAAGCAGUAUAACAAGGAGUUUGCUACUGAGGCGUGAAAUUAUUGUGAUCCUCAUAAUUAUUUAUUUCACUUUCACAUAGACUCGUAAUGAGUAUUAAUUUAACAGUUUUUCAUUCCAAUGAUAUUUUGGAGGCAGACUCUUGUCUUCCUCUGCAUGACCAUGUUAAAUGCAAGAUUGAACUGUGUUUUAGUUUACUUGUUGAAUUUGACAUUUGACUCACUAGUGUCCUGUUUUCAAAUUUUGUGUAAUUUUAAAAUAAAAAUAUUUAUUCAACUUCGUCCUAACCUCAA